CUCCAGUUGCUCUCAGUCUAAGGCUUCUCUUGCCUCUCUUGUUGUCUCCUUGUCUGUUCCGAGAUGAACGCGCCGCCGGCCUUCGAGAGUUUUCUGCUUUUCGAGGGGGAGAAGAAAAUAACAAUAAUAAAAGACACAAAAGUGCCAAAUGCCUGCCUGUUCACCAUUAACAAGGAGGACCACACCCUGGGUAACACCAUCAGAUCGCAGCUGCUGAAAGACCCUCAGGUGUUAUUUGCAGGUUACAAGGUACCCCAUCCUCUUGAACAUAAAAUUGUUAUCCGUGUGCAGACCACUCCCGACUACAGUCCACAGGAAGCCUUUACAAACGCCAUCACCGACCUGAUCAGUGAACUAUCACUGCUAGAAGAACGGUUCCGAGUUGCCAUCAAAGAUAAACAAGAAGGAAUUGAAUGAGAAGUUGACAUAUCUUGAAUGUUAUAAUGGCAGAAGGUGUAUUUUUAGGUCCAAGAACUCUUGUAUGUUUGUUUUUUUUAAAAUAUUGUUUCACUUGUCUUGCUGUACAGAUAAAAUAAAGCUCUGUUUCAUUUAA